AUGGAUGAAGAAGCAGAUGCAACGGUGAAGAAGAUGGAUCCAGAUGCCAAGAUUUUUCGCCUAACACCUACACGAAUAGUAGUAUCUCUCCUCUCCAUUUUCCUGCUCUUCUGCGUCAUUCGUUUGGGUUUCGGAGUUGCAACUGGGGUGAAUGCAGAAAGUAGUGGAAGGAACUGGGGCUUUCAUAUUGGUGUAGUGACUUUACUCUUCGGUGUCCUGUUCGUCGCUCUUGGCCUUCCCGUACUGAUAAAUCUGUUUCUCAAAAUGUCUGAACAGUUGCAGAGACAUGAAGUUACAGGCAUCUAUACAGAUGAAGAAGAGAGGAAGCCACUCCGCACAAUUAUUGUACGAAUAAUGGUGACCUUGAUGACAAUGUUCAUGCUCGUAUGGGCCUCUUACACGGGCUAUAGGCUUACAACAGAGCCAAGGAGAGACGACAAGUACUAUCCCCUAAUAUUUCCAAUUGGCAUAGUUACUAUUGUGUUUGGUUCAGUCUAUAUUAUCAUUGGUCUAGCCAUAAUUGCAGAUCUAGCACUAUCCCUGACAGUGAAGUUGCUAUUGAGAAGCAAGAAAGGAUUCACAGUUCAUGAAGAUAACAAGACAGAGACAAAAAUUUCUGUUUAAAAACUAUUAUGACACAUCACAUAAGGUGUCCAUUGUUGUGUUUUUCCUGAUUAGUAUGAGAUCUUAAAUCUUCAAAUCUCA